AUAGGCUGUCACCGGGAGAACGGUCCUGAUAAUUGCACUGCUCAGUCACGGAAAGGAGAGAGAGAGCCGGAGGAGAUACACAGAGAGAGAAAGAGAGAAAAACUUUCAUUCCUAGAAGAGCUUUGCUUAAAUGAUGAUCUCAGAGAACACAUGGAUUCGGUAGAACUUUCUCUUCCCGAGUGUUUUUCCCUACACUCUGAACAACAGUAGAAUGAAUUUAUCAAAGGCCCAAGUUAAUAGCGAAGAUAAGUACGCCAAAUGCGGCGCGUGGAGAACACAACAGCAAUACGACAUCGAAGCCAGUCACAUGCGUGAUGCACAUGCUCUAUAUAACCAAAGGCUGCUCUGCAGAAUGUCCAGCAAGGACCGCCACAUUGAGUCGAGUUGCCCCUCCUACAUCAAGACGGAACCUUCCAGCCCCGCCUCACUGACAGACAGCGUAAAUCACCACAGCCCCGGCGGCUCUUCAGACGCCAGCGGUAGCUACAGCUCAACAAUGAACGGCCAUCAGAACGGUUUGGACUCGCCCACUCUUUACGGCCCAACAGGUGCACUGGGCCCCAACGGGGCCGGAGCCAAACGCUAUGAGGACUGUUCCAGCACCAUCGCAGAGGACUCACAGAUCAAAUGCGAGUACAUGCUCAACUCUAUGCCCAAGCGUCUGUGUCUGGUGUGUGGGGAUAUCGCGUCUGGCUACCACUACGGCGUUGCCUCCUGCGAGGCCUGCAAGGCCUUUUUCAAGAGGACCAUUCAAGGAAACAUCGAGUACAGCUGCCCGGCCACCAAUGAAUGUGAGAUCACCAAACGCAGAAGGAAGUCCUGCCAAGCCUGCCGCUUUAUGAAGUGUCUGACUGUUGGCAUGAUGCGAGAAGGCGUUCGACUGGAUCGUGUGCGCGGAGGCAGACAGAAGUAUAAACGCCGAAUAGAUGCAGAAAACAGCCCCUACCUGAACCCUCAGCUUACUUUGCCAGCUAAAAAGCCUUUCCCCUUUGGCUGCCUUGCAGAUAACAAGAUUGUGUCUCACUUGCUGGUGGCGGAGCCUGAGAAGAUCUACGCCAUGCCUGACCCCACCGUGCCCGACAGCGACAUCAAAGCCCUGACCACGCUCUGUGACCUCGCCGACAGGGAACUGGUGGUCAACAUUGGCUGGGCCAAGCAUAUCCCAGGGUUUUCCACGCUGUCGCUGGCGGACCAGAUGAGUCUUCUGCAGAGCGCGUGGAUGGAGAUCUUGAUCUUGCGCGUGGUCUACCGCUCGCUCUCUUUCGAGGACAAGCUGGUCUACGCUGAGGACUACAUUAUGGAUGAGGACCAGUCCAAGCUGGCCGGCCUGCUGGACCUAAACAAUGCAAUUCUGCAGCUAGUGAAGAAAUACAAGGCCAUGAAGCUGGAGAAGGAGGAGUUUGUCACUCUUAAAGCUAUAGCGCUCGCUAACUCAGAUUCCAUGCAUAUAGAAGACGUGGAAGCUGUGCAGAAGCUCCAGGACGUGUUGCACGAGGCCCUGCAGGACUUUGAGGCGGGCCAGCACCCAGAGGACCCGCGCCGGGCCGGCAAGCUGCUCAUGACCCUUCCACUGCUCCGGCAAACGUCCACCAAGGCCGUGCAGCACUUCUACAGCAUCAAACAGGAUGGCAAAGUGCCCAUGCACAAACUGUUUCUGGAGCUGCUGGAGGCCAAGGUGUAACUCCGCCCCAACGUCGGCAAAGCGUUAAACCGAGCAAGCCGGAGGGGUACGUCACUGACUCCGCCCCUUCACCCGGGCAGACAAUGACUCUCCACCACUAUUUGUGAAAUCUUUGUCUAUAAACGUUAUCAAAUAAUAACUUAAAACAUAACCAUAAUGGUACUUCUAAUUACUGACGAUGAUACGUAAAUAUAAGAAUGAUUUACUAAUGUGAUUAUUGAGAAAAAUAUGAAAUGGAAAAAAACGACUGCUUUCAUUAUGUAGCAGUGGGACUUUAAACCAGCUGUCGACUUGGUUCUUCUCGAAAAUCCGAUGCUGAGUUUUUUUUGUGCUAUAGACAUUUCGUUGCUUUUUAAAAGAGAAAUUCUGGAGCCGAGAACGACCAGCCCUGCCAAAGGAAGGAGGUCCACCCAGUGGACACCAGCAAGCUAAACUUUCCCCAGACUUUACCGUCCAGCUUCCAUUUUGCUGAAGGAUUCUAGGAAUUUCCCUCUGUACCAUAAGACCCGCAGCAUAGUGACUAUGUGCAGUAUUACAUCUGAGGUCCUCGGAGCAGUUUAACACAACUAUAGCCAAACAGAGAUUUUGACGUCUUUGAAAAAGCUGCUCCUCACCAUUAUUUCACCAUGUGGUAUGAUCAUGUCCCUUGUUGUUUUCUUUCAAGUCUUCCAAACCCUUCGAGCCUCUUUUAACGGUUUCAUUGUUUGAUCUUUUCAGGGAAUAGCCUAAUGCUUUAUUCUUUCAUGCAAUAGAAAGGUGAAUUUGCAGCGGUGAAGGAACAGACUAAUUUAUUUAUUGAUUUUAUUUCAGGAAGUUUUAUUUGAGUUUAUUUUUAAUGUACUGGAGGAUGUAAAUAUAUGGUAUGGUCAUCAAACACUAUAUUUCUUCAUAUAAUGUUAAUAAUUGAACUUUACGUUUUUCUAUCGACCACCAUGUUUCGUAAUUACGAACCAUGAAGACUAAAACCUGCUCUCUUCUCUAAGCAAUAGAUGUUUAAAAAGCGGAGAUGUAAAUGUAUGCAAAUUUCCUUUCUUAGUGCCACACUGAAUUUCCAGACGCUUUCGCUUUUCUGUCUGUGUUUGUCAUAAGAUGAUAGAUUACAUACAUGAUAUGGCCAGAAGGACCGUAACCAUUAUCUCCAAUAAAAUAUUAUAAAUGCAUAUAUAGAUAUAUAUAUAUUAUCUUCAGCCUCUAAAUUCUACUGACCUUAUUUCAAACUGAAGCAGCAUUUGAACUUUGUUAAGCAAAAUAGCACUUAGGGAAGAUAUCUCUACAAACAGAUGGAGAAACAACGUAGGUUUAGUUUCAAGACGGUCCUGAGAUAUCAUAAUGUGAUGUAAUCUUCUUCAAAAUGACAUCUAUAGCAGACAGGCUAAAUAUCAAAGCAAGCAAUCCACAGCCUUCAUCAGAAAUAUGUCAGUAUUAGUAUGGGGUAUUUUCUGAAUAUUCUUAAGCAUUGUAUAUUGUAAAUUAACAGAUUAUAAAUCUAACCUAAGACAUUUUAUUGGAACAGAUCAAAGAAAAAAGAAUGAAAAUGAAAAAAAAAUGUAGUUCAGCUUCUUGGUGUUUCAUGUCUGCUGUGUUUUUCUGAAACAUCUGUUUUUCCCCCUUCCUCCGUCACAAAUAUGUAGUGUACUACCCGUGGACAUCACAGGUCUCGCUGUUCAGUAUGCUUUUAUUUAUUUGAUUACUAUUAUUUUGUUUUGUCUUCUAUUUUUUGAGACAGGGAUUCGAAUUGGAGACUAUAAUGGAUGUAUGAGUCCUCAGGAGCAAAGGAUUGUGGGUUCUCAAAUUACUUUCCAGGAAAAAAAUUAAAAACCUGAAAAAAGACUCUUCUUAGUUACUGCUAGAUCAAUGAUCAAUAUAAUCAAUGCUGAUAUAUAAGUAAAUAACAGAUAUUUAAAAGGCGGUACAAUAUAUGUCCAAGAGACCAUCUGUGUGAUUCCUAUCUCGUUGACUAACAUUGUGUAUCAUAGGUUACAAUGAAAAAUAUGCUUUCAAAAUAGUACUGUUUUUCAUAAUUUCCCUUUUGGUCCCGUUCUUUUUGUCCUUUUUCUUGAACAAAAUGCUGUACAUAGGGCCUUCCAUGCUGAACUCCAUUGGUAAAUGUAUUGACACUUUAAGGUUGCAAAGGGAAGAAACAUUUUUGUUUGUUUUGGUGUAAGAUCAGUUUUCAAAACUAUCACUUUGACUCUGUGUGCUUAAUAAAAAUGAAGAAAAAAGAUGAAAGGACAGAUCGUUUUUUAAGUAAAACGGGGAUGGCGGUUUGGUUUUCUUCACAGUCUUGUUCUAUAAAUGCACUGUAUCUACCAUUAAACUCUAAAUAGAUUGUGCUUUGGAAAGGUUAGUGUAAUGUGAUUCUAGAUUUUAUUGCUCAUGGCAAAACUUAUCAAAUGGUCAAAACAUGGGCUUGGGGGUCUUGCUGUUGAGAAAAUAUUGGCACUUUCAAUUUUUUAUGUGGACGUUUUUUGGGUAAAAGAGGUGCUGUAAUUUUUUUUGUUGCUAUUGUUGUUAUUUUGUGUUACAAUAUAAAUCACAAUUGAAAUGAAGUGAAUCUAGUCUGUCAUCUACGACUUCAAAUAAGCUUUAUAAUUCAUUUGAGUUUUGUAAGACUUCAUUACAGUGAAUGGUCCUGAUCUUGAAGAUUGUCAUUUUUGAAGUUAUUCCAACACUGUCAGUGCACAAAAGGAAAAACAAUGCAAAACUUUUAUGAUGGGUAUCAUGUAAUUUUGAACAAAAGGGUACAGACACCUAUCAAACCAUUUAGAGACAAUUUUACUGUGUCUUUCAACACCCUCAUCUAUCCAGCAUACAAAUUUAGAUGUAACCAUGACGACAUUUAGAGCUAUUUUCCUAUUAAUCCUGUAAGACGAAACAACAUGCAGUUGUGAAGUUUAUGAUUCAAUUAGAUGAAAAUCCAGCAUCUAUUGGACUCUUUUGCAAAUUAUAGGAUAAUAGAAUUAAAAAUAAAAUGUACAAACAGCUGCUAUUUUUCAAUGUUAAAGAGGUUAUAGAUAUCGGUUGUAUUUAUUCAUGUAUAUCGACAUGUCUGCCAAAUGUAUCUAGACUUCUUGGCAGUCUACCACGGAAACGUAGGCCACUGAGGGAAAGGCUUUGAUCCAGAAAAAUGAAAGGGAAAGAACAUUUGUAAAGCUUAAUAUGAUUUUUUCAGCCCAGGAGUUGCUGAUACAACCUGUAGUGAGAACCAUGUCUGUAGUUUUUAGAUGUGCUCCACAUCGGUAAAACUAAUAACUGUAUAUUUUUGUGAUGUGCAUCAUUACAGUGUGCUCCAAACGAUAUGUCCAUUUGUGUAAAUGUAUUUAUUUUACAUUGUAUAUAUUGUUCAAUGCAAAAAGAGAGACCUAUGAUUCUGUAUCUACGAUCAGUUCAGAUGUGUAACUCCAAUUAUGCCUUUCAGGAUAAUAGUAGAGCAAUAUUAAACAUGCUUCCAGUUUUGA